UCUUCCACCUACCUAACUUGGCUUAAAGUCCUGCUUUUUUCCCGCUAACUACAACCGCAAAACCCUCUCCUUUUAUUUCUUUUUUUUUCCUUACCCAGAUCGUUUGCAAUGGAGGAGGGCUCGGCCUCGGCGGCGCACCGGAAGAUCGAGCUCCAGGCCCCCGAUGACCUGGCAUAUCUCUUGGCCAAUGUACGGCGCGCGGCCGCGGCGCGUCUAGACGAGGCGUUUCCGCCGGUGGAUGGGGCGAGCGGCGCCGCUGCCGACGGUGACGAAUUGCGGACGAGGAUCGAGGAGCUUGUCAAUGAGUACAUCACCAAAACAUUCACCCUAGCAGGCCCCAACCUCUCCAUCAAUGGCAUGCCCGUUGACGCAGCACACUACCUCUCCGGCAGUCCUUCCGACCCGCAGCAGCCCGAGGAAAUCUACGAGCCGUUUGACGCACGCAAGCGCGCCCGCCUCGAGGAGCUGACGCGCGAGGAAGAGGAUCUGCUACGGGACAUUGCCGCCUUGAAGAAAUCAGUCCCGCACGCCGCAGCUGCCUCCUGGGCCGAAGCGGCGCGCCGCUCCGUCGCCGACGACGAGCAGGCCCUUGCCGCGGUUAAUGAGCGUGCCGGCGCUGAUGGCGGUGAGCCGUUGCUGGGAGACCUGAGUAAGGGACUUCCUCGACAGGAUGAUGUUGAGAGCGGCUACGAGGACGCGAUUAAGGGGCUGGGUAGGUUGAAGCGCGAGAUGCCGUCGGUGGUGGCGCGGAUGGAGAGGGCGCGGGGAGCAGGAGAGUAUGUUGUAACAGAGCGGUGAAUGCGUCCCCCUUUUUUGCCCCUUUAUAUUUGAUUUAUAGGGAAAGAGGCGGUGGGGUUCCGACUACGCUCUAGGAGUUGAUGGUCGUCGUAUCUGGCCUACGUGCAUGAGAAGCAUACGAGGGGAGACUGGAAGACGGGAGGGUUGUGCCGAGAUAUGCGGUAGCACCUGAAGUUCGGAUUGCUCCCCUUUACCUACCUAAGGGACCAAUCGCGUCUUCACGUGGGAAUCCAUCGGUCUCUAAUAUAAUGAAGCCAUGCUUAACCCCACCGCAAAUUUAACCAUAACCACUUAAUUCAACAAAUCGAUACCUCUGAAGGAG